GUUAAUGUCAAGUGUGUCAAGUGUCAAAAAUGUAACAAAACCUAACCAUAUUUUGUGAGCUAACUAAAUAUCUAUAAAUUAAAAAUAAAAAUAUAUGACAAUGUCUGAUCAAAUUUUGUUAAAAAAUUUGAAGACCAUUAUAGGGGACGAUGUUUCAACCGAUAUAGUAAGUUACAUUAAAAGUAUCAAACAUGAAGAAGACUGCGCAGAAUUCUUCGAAAAUAUCCUAGACAAGAGCAACAAAGACCAUCUAAAUUCGUAUCAGUGCAUUCGAAAACUUAUCUUGGGAAAGCAGUCUAACAACAAAUCAUUAUCUAUAAAUUCCAGUAAUACUAAUGUAAAUAGUCAACAAAAACCAGUUGUUAAUAAGAAAGGCAAAACUAAAUUUAGAGAUAUAAACAAAUUUCAAGAGAAAAAACAGCAAGAAGAAGGAAGAAGAAUUUGUGAUUGCUUAGGACAAGAGCACGACUUCAUGAAUAAUUGUAUGGUAUGUGGUAGAAUUCAUUGUAUACAGGAAGGACCAGGACCAUGCUUAUUUUGUGGAAAUCAAAUAUAUGUAAGAGGAGAGGAGGUAUUUGAGGGUAGAAAACAGAAAUCAAUUAUGAAGCCAAAAGAAAAUAAAGUUUUUGAUGAUGACAACGAUUAUUUUAAAAUAAAUUCAAAAAAGAACAACAAUGAUGCUAAAAGAAAAAUGGUUAUAGCACUUGACUUCGCUUCUCGAAAAGUUGUAGAGAGUAGUGAAGAAGAUGAGAAAAUUAGACAGAGACUAUUAAAGGAUUCAAUAGAACAUCUUAAGAAAGUAGAACAAUUAUAUAAAGAUAUUCAAAAGUCUUCAGAAAGGUCAUAUGAAAGAAUUAGAGUUGAGAAUGCCAACGAAGAUUUAGUUAAUCUUUUGAUACAAAUGCGACACAAAAAACUAAAAGAGGUAGAAAAUUUGGCAGAAGAAGAUUCAUCAAUGCCGAUAAUAGACUAUAAAACUAGAAUCUUUGAUGAAGACGUGAUGAUAAAUACUGAUCAUGGUUUAUGUCUCAGUAUGCAUCAGCCUUAUGCUAGUUUAUUAGUAGCUGGAGUAAAAAAACAUGAGGGGCGUACUUGGCCAACUACUCAUCGAGGAAGGUUAUGGAUUGCGGCAGCUGCCAGAGUUCCCGAAGAUGACGAAAUUGAAGCCCUAGAAUCGUUUUAUAGGGAAUAUUAUCAUGAUCCUUCCCUUAAAUUUCCAAAGGAAUAUCCAACAAGUUGUCUUCUCGGAUGUGUUUUUGUUGAGGAUUGUUUGGAUCAAGUAACAUAUAGUAAGAAAUUUCCUAAUGGAGAAAGUAACAGUCCUUAUGUACUGAUUUGUUCGUCUCCAAUGAUUUUGCCGAUUUUUUAUCCAAUUGUUGGUAAACAUAAAAUAUAUAGUUUAGAUAAAGAUCUUCACAAAUGUGCGAAAGUAGCUCUACAACAUGCAAAUUAUGAUUUUUAAAGUGACAUGUAUCAAGUUAUUAUAUUAAAAUUGUGUUUAUAUUAA